AUGCUCCAGACGGACACGUUCAUCAUCGAUGCGGCCAAAACGCCUGGCCUCAUUCACGCGGCCAACUUGACGGAAGAGAGCGCUGCAACCACUACGGCUCUUCUCAAGGAGAACAAUGAGAAGUAUCAUAUAUUCUUCACUACCGAGGACCACAUGGGUGUAGGCCGCGAGGAGAACUUCCGCAACUUUGAAAAGUUCUUCUUGGGUCAGAUCAACCGGAAGGGCUACCAAGCCGUGCUGCAGAAGUAUCUAGUCGGGGGCGGAAAGAUUGCUAACGACAUGAUGUUUCGCAUCUACAUGGGCUAUGUGCAUGGGCUGAUCCAUAUCGGCCUCGCUCUUGAGUUCCGGCAGCCCCUGCUGCUGGCCGAAGGGCUGGCACAGGCCGCCGUGCACCACGAUAUGUGGUAUGUCGAGUAUCUCAGCGAGGCUGAGGCGCUCGCUGCCCAGGCUUUAGAGACGCCUCUACCGCUGGCCGACCUGAUUGACAUGGCGCAUGCGGACCCAAAGAUCAGUACGGCUUCCAGCCUAGACUUCCACACGCAGACGAGGAAGCACUCAGGCCGCUGGGCCAUGGACAAGGAGCUCGCCAGGGAUGGCGUGUUGCCCAACGCCAAGCCGGAGCUGCUUCGUCUCGCCGCGCGGUGGCGUGUAGAUCCGGACGACCUUGAGCGAACCACGGCAGAGCUCAUCAACGCGGCCGUGUACAUCACGGCCGGUGCCCAGUUGCCGCCGUACCAGUGCACCUUUGAUUUCUAUCUACUCCACGCCCUGACCGCCAGCAUCGGCCAUGCCUCCUUCCUACGGGAGGACUCAAUGACCAAGGCACAAAAGGCCCGCCUGCUCGAGUACAGCGGCCGCGUCUUCAUGAUGACGUACGCAGGGAUGGGGGCACCGAAACUACGGCUCGACUACCUGUGCGCGCACCGGUCGAAGCUGCCCAACCAGGGCUGGGCCGAGGUGUUCGACCGGGCGUGCUACCACGAGGACGACGGGCACAUGUCCAAGAUGAUACGCUCCACGGCGCUGUCCGAGGAGCUCUCGCGGCCCUACGACGACCGGCCCGAGUUCCGCGUCAAGCAGCACAUGUUUCUCACGGCCGGCAUCGCCAUGAUCGACUCGGCUAGCGACCAGCCCAUGACGUGGACCAAGCAUUGGGACUUUGUGCGCGGUGCGGGAUUUCCGGAUGCGUGGAAGAGGUUCCCCAAGCGAGACUAUUGA